AUGAAGCCAACGGUCGACUAUCUGGGUUAUAAGGUAGGUCGAGACGGGAUCAAGGUACGUAGCAAGUCCGUAAAGAGUGUAACGGCCCCGCCGACGAAUAAGGCUGAACUCCAGAGCUUUCUCGGUUUGGUGGGCUUUCCCGUAUACACGGAUGCCUCCGGAGUGGGCGUAGGAGCAGCGCUCAUGCAGGAGCAAGACGGCCAAGAAGUACCCCUGGAGUGUAUGCAAGCCGUAAGUUGUCAGACACAGAACGAAGGUGGGGUACGUACCCGAGAGAGGGAGCUCUACACCAUCAAGUACGCGGUACUUGAUGGUGGCGAGACUACCUCGGCCUAG